CACAUUCCUGGGGGCGGAAGUCUUUGUAUCACGUCGUAUGUGUGAGUCACUGGAAUAAAUUGCAUCGGUAAAAGUCUUGAGUUUCUUCCCUUGUGCGGAAGGUAUAUAUACACUCACUCCCGUGUCGUCCCCAUAAACUAUUUGGACAUUACCUUCUUGAAGAAAGCCUGGGAUUAUAUACACUACAUUGUCUUAUUAAAUUAUCUACUAGAAAGAAAUCCCUCCGGACACACGGCGAGCUACUGCAAGUAACUUCUGAAUUAAACACGCCUUAUUUUGGACAUGUACUCUUUAUUACCUGUCGGAGUUUUCUGCUGCUGCGUUUUACUGUCUCUGAACGGAGAGGUUACAGGUAACUCAAAUGAUGUGCCAGUGGCGACGGAUAUCGUGUGGUCUUCGAUAAAUUUCAAAACGAUACUUGAAUGGAAACCUAAGCCGGCAAAUUACACGUACACGGUGGAUGUAUAUGGGAAAAAGUCAAAUACUUUGAAGAGCAAGUAUUGCAUACUAACGACCAAAACGGAGUGCGACCUGACCUCGGUUAUGACCAACGUGAAUGACACGUACACGGCGCGGGUCAACUCUGUGCCUAACCAGCAGGAUGAAGAUCCAGAAGAGGCACGAUAUGCGUUAUCUCCUAAGAUCACUCCCUACAGAGACACUCAAAUUGGACAACCCAAAUUCAGUAUUGAAAUUAAUGAACAAAAGGACUGGAUCACACUCCUAAUAGAAGAUCCAGUCUCAGGACUCAGAAAGUCCAACGGAAGUUUCAUGAGCAUAAGGGAGAUCUUCAGAGAUGACUUUAAGUACAGAGUGUUCUACAGGAGAGCGUCAAGUACAGGAAAGAAAGAAGCAGAUACAACUAGUAAUAAAUACAAAUUGAAGAUCGACCGAGGAGAAAGCUACUGCUUCACCGUGCAGGUCAUCAUUCCCUCUCGGGACGUCUUGAAUCAGUUUGGCCAGGAGUCAGAAAUGCAGUGUUCGCCGAUGGAUACGCACUUUCUAAAUGAAUAUGGAAUUGGAGCAAAACUGCUUGUCUGUGCUGCUGUGGUGAUCGUGAUCGUUGUUGUCAUCAUUACUGCAGUUGUCUGUAAAAAGAAAAACGACGGGAAGAAAGCUUCCAAUUCAGAAGGAUUGGCGUUAAAUAAAGUGUGAGAAGCAAAAGAAAUGGGACUUCAAAGUAGCCAGCCGAACACUGAAAACGAGAACGCAUGGCUUGCACCGGAAAAUAAACAAACAAGAAAUUAAACAAAACAAAAAAAAAAAAAGCAUUUCUGCAAUAAGUCUGAAAUGGGAAGAAGUAUCUGUUUCUAGGAAACAUUUUUUUUACUUAUUUUUCUAGCAUUUUUUACAUAAUU